AUUUUACAAAAAAAUUUAAAUGCUACGAGAAUUCUUGUUUGCGGUGGUGCUGGUUAUAUCGGUUCUCAUCUUGUUCGAGAACUUUCAACUCAGCAGGAUUACGAAAUUAUUAUUGUAGACAAUCUUUCUAAAGGUCAUAAAAAAUCAAUUCCCAAAGGAAUUAAAUUCGAAAAAGCUGAUAUUCGUGAUAGGUUAGCUCUUGAUCGAAUAUUUUCUAAAUAUAAACCAGAUGUUGUAAUGCACUUUUGCGCUUCAACUUCUGUCGGAGAAAGCGUAGCUGAUCCUUUAGGAUAUUACGAGAAUAAUGUAGCUGGAACUAUUUAUCUGCUUCAAGCAAUGAAAAAGCAUAAUGUCAAGUAUUUCAUUUUUUCAUCUAGUGCCGCAAUUUUUGGUAAUGCAAAAGAAGUGCCCAUUCCAGAUGAUGCUCGGCCAGAACCAAUCAACCCUUAUGGUUAUACUAAAUUUGUCGUUGAGAAAAUACUUGCGUCGUCUGAAAAUGCCUAUGGAUUGAAAUAUAUUUGUCUUAGAUACUUUAACGCUUGUGGUGCGCACGAAAGUGGUGAUAUUGGUGAAGAUCAUCAUCCAGAAACACAUUUAAUACCACUUAUUCUUCAAGUGGCACUUGGUCAAAGAGAUAGUAUUAGUAUUUUUGGUGAUGAUUAUGAGACUAAAGAUGGAACUUGUGUGCGAGAUUACAUACAUGUUACUGAUCUUGCUACCGCACAUAUCAGGGCGCUCGAGUAUCUCGUAAAAGAAAAUAAAUCACAAUCAUUAAAUUUGGGAUCCGGAGAAGGCUAUACAGUCAAAGAAGUAAUUAAUGCUGCUAGAAACGUUACCGGCCAUCCCAUUCCUGACAUAGUAGAGGCCCGCAGAAUUGGUGAUCCUGCAGUGCUGAUUGCUGAAUCUACACAUGCUGAAAAAAUUCUUGGCUGGAAGAGAAAAUAUAAUACAAUUGAAAGUAUUGUUGCUA